CCAACCAUUUCUAUAAGUCUGUUUUUGUGUUAUAGGGAUGUUGAUGGGUGUUUUCGAUGGACAUGGUGGUCCCGCUUGUGCACAAGUAAUAUCCAAACGGCUAUUGAGCUACAUCGCGGCUGCGCUACUACCUCAGGAUGAUUUGAAGAAAGUACUCAAAGGGGAUCCUCACCCAAGUUUUUUAGAAACUUUCAACGAUAGAGUAGAAAUAGUAGAUGAUUUAAAAAUAAUUUAUGAGAAUAGUUUCAAGCAAUAUUUAAUGCAGCUUGCAGAUGAACCUUCAGAUGGUAAAGAUGUGCGAGCUUCGUUAGAAAAAGCUAUAUUAAAAUUAGAUAGUGAUUUAUCUAGGGAAGUGGUAGAACCUUUCAAGACAAGUGGUGUUUUAAAUUCUAAGACUUUAUCUGUUGCUUUGUCUGGUGCUGUAGCUUGUGUGGCCCAUAUAGAUGGCCCUCAUUUAUAUAUUGCAAACAUAGGAGAUUGCAAUGCGGUUAUAGGUACACAAACAGAAGACAACGAUUGGAUUGCAAAGAAAAUCACAAAGGAACAUAACUCUGAAAAUUUUGAUGAGUUAAAAAGAAUAUGGAGUGAACAUCCGGAGGAAGAAAAGAAAACUGUGAUAAGACGAGACCGAUUGUUAGGUGAGUUAGCACCUCUACGCAGCAUGGGCGAUUUUAGAUACAAGUGGUCAACAGAAACGUUAAGUGACGUGGCAGUGCCUCUAGUCGGUCCGAAAGCCAUACCUCCUAACUACCACACUCCACCAUAUCUGACUGCCAUGCCUGAUAUUUAUUAUCAUAGAUUAACACCCAAAGACAAGUUUUUGGUGAUUGCAUCAGACGGCUUGUGGGAUAUGAUGACCGCAUUGCAAUCGGUUAAGUUAAUAGGAGAGCAUAUGAAAGGGAAAGUGUUUUUUAACCCUUUAAAAUUGCCUAGAAAAAAUAUUCAGCUAGGGGAUAUAAAUGAAUUGUUGUUGCAUAGGAAGGAGAGCUUAAAGAGUAAACCAAAAGAUAGGAACGCUGCUACACAUCUGAUACGCCACGCUAUCGGAGGCACAGAGUAUGGAGUGGAUCAUUCUAGAUUGGCACACCUGCUUAGUUUGUCACCGGACGUGAGCCGUAUGUUUAGAGACGAUAUGACUGUAACGGUGGUUUAUUUUGACUCUGAAUUUUUGAGACAAUGUCCGUCGUAAGUUUAUCAACACGUUAAAGUGCGCAUAAACUGGGUCUAUUAUGUGAAUACAUAUUGAAAUGUUCUCAUGUUAAAACAAAACAUUAUACUUUACAAUACUUCUUAUUCGGCGCAAUAUAAUUCUAUUGCAUAACUUCGUGUGUAUAAUAUAUUACCUUUUUCAAUUCUCUCGCAUUUCUAUGAUUUCUCACUGCACUUGUAAUGUAUUAUUAUUUUUAUAACGCUUAGUACGAAUGUACUAUAAGAAAUGGAAAUAUUUAUUAUGACUUGACACGAAAAAGAUAGUUUUGACACUUAAAGUGGGUUUUUGUUGUGAUAUGUUAGAAUGAAGCGAAACUAACUAAUUUUUGAAACAUAUAAACCGUUGUACACUUGGACGCGACGAAUCCUAUGUUACUUGACACUAUUUGCAAGGCUUAAAGAAAAUUCGUUUCAUUAGUCUCCAUUAGCACUGACAGAUGUGCGAUCACCUUAAAUUGUUGAUGAUAAGUUAGUACGGGGACAAUUUUUUUCAUAAUAUAGUUUACAAAGUAAAUGUCAAUUAAUGGUUUUACAUUAUCACAAUAUGGGGUAAGUGAAUGGGUUCAGUUUGUGCGUGUUUUAAAUUAACAUAUCGAUUGUAAUCUGAAUUCUUUAUUUCUUUGUCGUAAAUGCAAUUAUAUUUAAUUAAUAUGCUAAACGAUAUGUUAAGUCUUUAGUUUUUUCGAUGCUUAUGCUUUUUUCUGGACUAUAACGGAAAAGUAUUUAAUGUGCUUGUGUAUAUAAGAUUUAUUUAUUUAAAAAUAUAAAAUCGUUUCACAUUACAAAUGUUGUCCUGAUUCACGCUCAAUUGUAGUGCCACUUAUACAUUUUGGGUUUAAAUUAGUUUAAUAUUGUUAUUUAUGUGUACACUAAAUUAAUUUAAAUGCCCAAAAAUAUUUGAGUUCAUUUAUCAUUCAGUAAUGUUAAAAGUUAAAUCUUUUGCAUAUAUUGUUACUAUAAUUACCCACCGCGGUGGUGCGAGACCUAUGUUGUGUCUGCAUAUUUUGGGCGACAUUUUCGAGAAUAUAAGUUAUGCUAAAUAAAAAAAUGUAUAUUAAUAAAGUUUAUUGUAUUCAAGGCUAGACAGGGAGACUAGAUGCUUGAUUUUUAACAAUAUUCUCUAAUUACUCAUAAAAUAUGAGU